AUGUUGCGUCUACAUCAUUUCUUUUGCUUGCUGCUCGUGUGGUAUCCAGCUUGCACGGUUGGCUUGCUCACCCCAACGGAUCGCUUCUCAAUUUUUGAACAACUCUCAUUGCACCAGUCAUACAUUGACCACAGCCUCACUUGCGACAAUGCAAAGCUCUAUGCUUCGCUGUACUGGCCCGAAGGAAGUUUCCGCGUCAUUGAUCCCAACCGUGAUGCCACCAUGACGGGCGAACGAGAGAUCCGAUCAAACUAUGACUACGCGCACUCUGUCUUCCCGCUUUCGCGGUGGCGCCACUCGGUGGGCGCUUUCGAGAUAUCCGAUGGCCCGUUGCCAAACUAUCCCUCGCCACUAUCAAAUAACAGUGCCGGGGGAAAUGAGCGGGCGUACGUGCACUGGAACUGGAGAGUCGACUGGAGAGCCAACACUACGGGCGUCGUGAGCACAGGAACAUACGACGACGUUUUUGAGAAGAGAAAUGGGGAAUGGAAGGUUCUGGCCAAGGUGAGCCGGGAUGAUGCCAACUGGCCGCUUUACUUGUUUGAGCCGUAUGUUGUUAGUCAGGCGGCAACAUAUCAGAGCAGCUGUGGCGACACAAGUCUUUGA